AUGGCCGCACCGGAAGAGUUACCUUGGGAUGAGGAUAGCAUGGUAGUGGUGGAUCACGACGACUUUGCAAGUUUUGACGCGAGCAGCUUUGACACUACUCUGCCCCUGGAGACCGAACAGUACAUCCGCAACUGGCUCCAGCCAACCGAGUACAACGCCAGCAACGGCGAAUGCAGCAAGCACAGAGCGUCGCAUGUUCCCGGCACGGGGGACUGGCUGUGGGAGUCCGAGGCGUAUUCGCAAUGGCACGGGGGCAGCGAUCACGGGAUGCUCCUGAUCAAGGGGAUCCCAGGGUCCGGAAAGUCAGUCAUCGCCGGGAGUCUGAUCGAUCGGCUCUCGCAGGAGGAGGUGCCGGUCCUGUACUUCUUCUUCCGCCAGAUCAUCGACGCGAACCACACCCCGGAUGCUUUGCUUCGCGACUGGUUGGAUCAGAUUCUGAGCUACAGCGAACCGCUGCAGCUGCGAUUGAAGGAGUACGUUGAGAAGAGGCGGGAUCUGAGCAGUGUGUCCAUGAGCGAUCUUUGGAGGCAUCUCAAGCUGUCGCUCGCGGACCUACCGAAGGCGUACUGCGUUGUCGAUGCGCUUGAUGAGAUGGAUAGCGGCAACGACGAGUUUCUCAGAGCUCUCUGCGAGCUGGGCCGUUGGCGACCGGCCAAUAUCAAGGUGGUCGCGACCAGUCGCCCUAUUACGCGGAUUGAAUUCCCGAUACGACAAAUACCUAUGCUGGAUAUUCGACUGCAGGAGGAAGUCAUCGAGGAGGACAUUGCGACGUACGUGCAGCAUCGGCUACAGGAGUCUGGAAUCCCGGAAUCACAGCAUGAAGUCAUCAAGAGAGCCGUUCCUGGAAAGGCAAACGGGCUUUUCCUCUAUGCGAAACUGGCAAUGGACGCCUUCCUUCAAGACGGAGUGGAUAUUCAACAGGUCACCGAUAAUCUGCCAGCUGACUUGAAUGUGCUGUAUACCGAUUUGCUCCAACAGCACAUCCAGCAGUCCGAGGUGCUCUGGUAUCUCCAGAUUCUCAUUCUCUCAUGGGUGACGCAUGCUUCUCGUCCUCUCAGACUGCUGGAGAUUGCCGAGAUGAUAAAUAAGACCCAUAAUACAGACCUGUCCAGCGAUCUGAAAGCGAAGAAGGAGCUUGUGAGGAAUUCUUGUGGCCCUUUGCUGGAAAUUCUGCCUGACGAAACAGUCUGCGUGAUUCAUCAUUCAUUGACCGAGUUUCUCAAAGGAUCUACUCGUCGACAGUCAUUGGGGCCAAUUCAGAAUCAGACCUAUCCUGUACUAGAUAUGGGAGCAACGCACGCCCGUCUAGCCCAGGUCUGUAUUUCGUACCUACUCGGAUCAGGGUGUCUCGAUGUUGUUGGAGAGAUUGAACCGAUAGAUAAUCGCUAUAUCGCAAAGGAAGUGCCGGAACUAGAGGGAGACACCCGGAUCAGAACUGAGCUGAAGUCCCAGCAUCCGUUCCUGGGAUACUGUCUUCAGUACUGGCAUUAUCACGCCCGGAAGGCCGACGAUUCUAUUCCACUCACCGAGGAGCUAUUAUGUGCUUUGGACGAGCUCCUAUCGAGCAAAAAGAACACGACGGCCUUGGCGAUGCUGGCAGAGAGGAAGAGGGACGGAUGGGAGCCGAUCCACAUGGCAUCCUUCUACGGACUAAGCCAAUAUGUCUCUCGCAUUCUGGAGAGAGGAGACGUGGAUGUUGAGACAUUGGAUGCGGCAGAUGAAACACCGAUGCUAUAUGCAGCUGGCAACGGGCACUCGAGCGUCAUCAAAGUGCUGCUAUCAAACGGAGCUGACCCCGACGGGCCCUCCCGGAAGAAUGGAGUCAAACCACUUCACCUUGCUGCAUUGAGAAAUCACGGAAAGGUAGUAGACCUGCUCCUCAGGGCUGGUGUGCACCCUUUCACACGCAAGACAAUGCAAGACCCCCACGACGACUGCAUCGGUACAGGAACAAAAGGACACACGCCGCUCAUGUACGCCACCUUAUACGGUCAUAGAGAAGCCGCCAGGGCAUUCCUCCCCUAUCUCAACCAGAAGAUUACGAUCAACAGGGCGCUGGUAUGGGCUGCUCAAGGUGGACACAGCGGCAUUGUUGAGGAUGUACUCAAGCACCCUCUUGUCGAUGUCAAUGCUAAGAUUCGGUGCGAAACGGCAAUAUUUCAUGCUGCCAAGCGUACAGACAUUGGCCACGGAGACAUCAAUACCAUCAUCGCUUUGCUCAAAGCAGGGGCUGACCCGUCGAUUCAGUGUAUCCCGACUAUGGAUGAGUUCGAGGGCUGGGUAACGGAGGACGAGGACAGAGACGAAGAAGAAGAGCCGGAGGAAAACAAGCGCUUCUCGCGCAUGAGUACGGCACACAAUGCUCUUCAUGCUCUAUGCGGUGCCUACGGUGAGCGAUAUUAUGCCUGGAAGGAGAGCCCAGUCUUCAGUGCCCAAACACUCAAUGAGGUCAUGUCCUUGAUGUCGCGCAAGUCUCUCGAUGUCAAUGCUAGAGACCGUACCGGUGCCACAGCAUUGCGCUAUGCUGUCCAAAACAUGCCCAUGAUGGUUGAACCGUUAUUGAAAGCUGGGGCGAACGCCAAAAUCCAGCAGAAGAAUGGUGAGACUAUUCUUCACGGAUGCUCUGACCCCCACGUUCUGCAGCUUCUUGUGGAGGAAGGCCAGGUGGAUAUAAACCAAGUUGAGACUGAGAACAGAAGAUCGCCCCUCCUCUUCGCCGCCAUGAAGCCCUGGUUGACGCCCGAGAUUAUACAGAAAUACGCCGAGUUGGGUGCUAACAUGUCCCACACGGACAUGAAAGGCCAGGGAGCACUGCAUUUAUAUCUUGGCGACUCCUUCAAGGAGAAUGAGUCUGCCGAGAUAAUUGUUAGCACACUAUUAGAGAUGGGCGUUCCGCCUAAUCUGAGGAAUCACAAAGGCGAAACUGCCUUGCACAUGGUUAUUCAAAGGUGCAAUAAGAAAGAAAACAUAAUCUGUCAGAGUCUAUUGUCGGUUCUCGUGUCUCGGGGAGCUGAUCCAAAUGCUCGAGAUAAUGCGGGAGAGACUCCUCUCUUCAAACUUGUUUCGAACGCCUGGGAUAUUGGAGGUCUUCUUGAUUUGGUCCGGACGUUGUUUGAACUGGGCGCACAGCCUAAUGCGGUUGACUACCGUGGGAGAAACAUGUUGUUCCAUCUUCCAAAGAGGAUAUUCCCUGGAUUGGUCGAGGAACUUCUGGAGCGAGGGGUCAAUCCAAACGUUCGCGACCACGAAGGAAACCCUUAUGACUGGGCGCUUGCUGACCCAGGAUAUGUCAAUAACUUUGGACAGUCAUACCUUCACAUUGUAACAGCAACCCCGGACUCAGUUCUGGACGACCUCUCUACCUACCCAGAUAUUGACGCCAAAGACAACGAAGGUAUCAGGCCUUUGCACAUUGCUGCAAGAUCAAAUGAGAAGCACGUAGCAGCAUUGCUAGCCGCAGGUGCCAGUCCUACCGAACCUACCUACGAAGGAGUCACUCCUCUCCACGUAGCUGCCCGAUUCCGCCAGCCCAACAUUGUCGGCCGGCUGUUACAGGCAAUCAGGGCCCAAAGUGGCAACAGAGGCUUAUUAUCUCACUUGAAUUACGUGCGUGAGCAGCUUCCUUCAGCUUUACAUCUUGCCUGUCGAUCUGGUGUUCCGGAAACGGUGUCCCUUCUCUUAGAAGCGGGGGCGGAUCCUAACCUUUACUUUGAUCAAUGCCAUGAUUUGCUGCAAGUUCCUUAUCCUUUGAUUUACCUGGCCAAGUAUGAGGAAGAAGAGAAGCUUUGGACUAACCGAGCCAUCCGAAACCAGCACCGAAACUCUUCCUCUCAAGAGGUAGACUUCAAAGCGCUCGGUAUCAAACUCAAUGAUCCAUGGAGGCCGGUGUUUGAUGAGGAGCCACCAAUGGAGACUUGCACAUGUCUAGAAGGUGUUUUGGAUCUACUUUGCUACUACGGAGCUCAAAUGGUAGAUUCGCAAGGGGAGUCUAUUCUUGAAAUCGCCAUCCAGGAGAGUCAAGGGAACGACUACACGACUGAGUGUCUGAUUCAACUUCAGAGCUGUGUCAACCAAGGCCAGUCAGGAGUGACUUCAGUAAUGAGCCUGAUGAUGUCAGAAUUCCCGGAGUCUUGUGUCGAAAACAUGGAGAGUGUUGAUUACGGAGUCCUUGCGGCUCUCUAUCGUCGGGCGAGUACGCGAGAGGCAUUCUUCGAAGCCCCGCCAGACAUGGCCACUCCCUUCCAACCACGCUUCAAGUCCGAGCCUCAACCGGACAUCACUGUUUACGAUCUGGCAAAAGACCACCAGUGGGGUCUCAUUCUCCAAACAGCUACGGAGGAGGAGGAGUCUUUCCUCUCAGGGUACUAUGGAGAGGCAUCCAUCUCACACCUGGUCUUACUGGGGCUUGAGUCAAUCGUCCGCGAGCUCUUGACUCCAGAGAGCCUGAAGGAACUAGAACAGAGGCAUCAGCAAGACAUGAUGCAACCACCCCCUCGUUUCAGAGGUGCCCUUUAUAUGACAAAGACUCUCGAGCCGCUUCUUCUCACCGCUUGCCGCCGAAAGCAGUGGAACCUUCCAAUGAUACGCUUGUUGGUUGAGCAUCUUGGUGCCGAUGUCAAUAUUCGGGGGUUGGAAGUUGAUAACAAUAGGAUUGUCAGGCAUGAGUCGGCACUCCAUGUUCUCGCUCGCCAAGACUCUUGGGCUGCAUCAGAGGCUAUCCAAUAUCUUAUUGAUCACGGAGCAGACGUCAAUAUCAGGGAUCACUAUGAUCGCACGCCGCUCAUGUGUACAACCUCGGAGAACACGGCGCAUAUGUUUCUCAAACACGGCGCCGAUAUCCAUGCACAGACCAGACUCGGCAAGAAUUGCAUAGACUUCAACACUGAAUGUUUGGCCAGGACCAAGUUUCUCCUGUCUUGUGGAGCACAGGCCAGUAUCCAGUCAGCAUUCUACGUCAUGGAGAGCCAAGCGGUGCAUUGGAACGGGGAUGCGGCCGUGCUGGAUGUUCUGGGAGCCAAGGUUGAUCUGAACGCCCGGCUGACGCAGAAAGAUGCCAAGUUGAAGUUUGAACGCCGGUAUACCGAAAAAUACGCCGUCAACAGAGAAGAGCUCUAUCUUCUGUAUCUGGCAGCUCUUUACCACCCCAUGAGCCUCACAGUCUACAACAGGAUAGACCUUUCAAAGGCUGAGAUCUAUGACCGCCAUCUACCUGUCUUAUCUGCCCUCCUCAAGCGCGGGGCCAGUCCCUAUGCCAAGUUUAUGAGGCAACCCCCUCAAGGCAGCUCCGAACCGCCGCAGGAGUUUACUGUGCUGCAUGAUAUUCUCGAGCAUGCAGGCUUGGUGGAGCCGAUACUCCAGCUACCAGAUCUUGACGUGAAUCACAAAGAUGCCCAGGGUCGGACCUUGUUGCUCGCAGCGUGCCGCAGCAUAAUAGGCCCCGACUCAGCUAUUGACGAUUUCGACACUGCAUUCCAGGGGAGGUAUAAUGGACCGGAAUUCGAGAAGAAGACCGAGAAGCCAUCUCUUGCGCAGUUCCUUGUGGACAAGGGUGCCAUCGUCACUGUGCAAGACAAGGACAACAAGAAUGCGCUGCAUCACCUCCUCCAGUCGGAAUCCAGAAACGGGUCUCAGUCUCUGACGCUCCUGUUAUCGCUCGCACCAGAGCUCGUGUACCAGGUCGACGAUGAUGGCGCGACACCUAUGCUCUAUGCCCUGCAGAGAGUUGCCUCGAAGCGGGCCAUCCCUUCAGACGUAGAAGCAGUUGCAAAACUUCUGGAGGCAGGGGCGGAUCCCAAUGUCACGGACCGAGACGGCAAUACUGCACUCCAUUUCCUCGGUGCCCGUCUAGCAGGCUUCGGUUGGGAUUCUAACGAAGUCGCGGCGCUGCACGAUCUCUUCCGCGGGCUCGUUGAGCUUGGGCUAUCUAUAAACGCGAAGAACAACCGGGGUGAGACACCCAUAUUCGCCUAUUUCCGUGACCUGGGAGAAGCUUCCAGUCACAAGCACGAUAUCAACUACGAUAUCGUGAAACAAAACGAGUCGUUGGACUUGUGGAUUAGUGGGGAUGAUGUCGCUGACGUGUUCCACGUUGAUGAUGAGGGAAACACCCUUCUGCACUACGUGGCGGCCACGAGCAGCGGUUUACAAAAGAACGAUGCUGGAACGAUCAUGGUUGAUAGGUUUCUUUGGUUGGUUGAGCAGGGACUGGAUGCGGGACUGGAAAAUCGGCGGAGUCAAACUUGCCUGGAUGUGGCAAAGGUUAACGAUAAUGAUGCUAUUUUGGCGCUUUUUCAACAGGGGGAGUAG